UUAUUACCAAAAUAACUAAAUAAAUCAUUUUUUAUUACCAAAAAAUAGUAAAUAAAUAAAUAAAUAAUACAACUCACAAAUGCUACGAGUUUGUUGGUGAAUUGGGUGAACGAACGAACGCUUCAACUGCAAAAUUUAUCGGCCAAAAAAACAUGCGUAAUUGAAGCAGAAGAUAAAGAAGUACGUGGAGGAGGAGAAGAAGGUGAAAUUGGAGGGAGAGAGAGUGUGUAGUUGUGUGAUUCAUUGGUUCCUCAGGUGAAAGAUCUGAGGCUAUCGUUUUUUCGUUUGUUGGAGGGGUUCUGGUGAGAGAGAAGGUGAAAAGAUGAGUGCUUCCAAGUUCAUUAAGUGCGUAACUGUUGGGGAUGGAGCUGUGGGAAAAACAUGCUUGCUAAUUUCCUACACCAGCAACACCUUCCCAACGGAUUAUGUGCCAACUGUGUUCGACAAUUUCAGUGCAAAUGUGGUUGUCAACGGAAGCAUUGUUAACCUGGGCUUGUGGGAUACUGCUGGACAAGAAGAUUACAACAGAUUGAGACCUUUGAGUUAUCGUGGUGCCGAUGUGUUCAUAUUGGCUUUCUCUCUCAUAAGCAAGGCUAGUUAUGAGAAUGUCUCCAAGAAGUGGAUUCCAGAGUUGAAGCAUUAUGCACCUGGUGUCCCCAUAAUUCUGGUUGGCACGAAGCUCGAUCUUCGGGAUGAUAAGCAGUUUUGCAUAGACCAUCCUGGUGCCGUGCCCAUUACCAAUGCUCAGGGUGAGGAGCUUAGGAAGCUGAUCAAUGCACCAGCUUACAUUGAAUGUAGUUCUAAAACACAGGAGAAUGUGAAGGCAGUGUUUGAUGCAGCCAUAAGAGUUGUGCUUCAACCACCAAAGCAGAAGAAAAAGAAGGGUAAAGGACAAAAGGCGUGUUCGAUAUUGUGAUUGGCUAGGUUUAAAGAUUUGACAGCCCUAUGUUCAACCAACCUGCAUUGUCCUGCCCCUCUUCAUUUUCAUCAAUCAUUUCUUUUGUUGUUGAAGAAGAGUAUGUGGGUGUUCGUCCGACAAAUACUCUACAUCUCCUUGAGUAUAACUUGCUUUGCUUUCUUGGAAUUAUUGUCAACUCUAAUAGUCAAAUUUGCAUUUUAUGAUUCCCACCUUUUGAUUUUAUGUAUUCAAAGACUGGAAUAUCCCACUAAGGAUAACGCCUUGUUUGCUUGGAUAUAUAUUAAUAUUUAAAUUAUUUGUAUUUCCACCUCUAU